UUUAAGCAUGACAUCGAUCCCACGAUGUCGCGUACGUCAUGCACGGUCACAUGCUUCGCUUACAGCCACGUGACUGAGUGAUCAGCUGUGCGUAGUAGAGCAUAGUACAGAGAUGCCAGAUUGCAGACGCAAUAGCACGCUUACAGCUGUUUUUGCGCUACAAUUUGGCAACUCUGGUGUAGUAGCCACGAUCUCUUUCCUCUCCCCUCCCAACCCUAGCUGUCAUUCACUAAUCGAGCGCGUUCGUCCGCGUAAUUUUGCAAGCGACAAUAACUCCGUAUAAAAUCGACAUUACAGGUAGUAAUUCGUGACAUAGAUAAAUUUUUAGAUCGGACAUCUCAUGAAUAUAUAGUAACAACUAAUGUUAUACAUGUAAUAAAAAGGAUUAUAAGUAAUUUACUUAUAAUAAUUAAAAUUUAAAUCCUUUCAAGUUGAAAUAACUGGCCAAUUUUACAAAUCACAAAGUACCUUAAUUAAUUCUUUGACUUGUAAAUAUAUAAGAAACUGAAAUGAAUCUUUCACUUAUAAAUGAUUAUUUGAACACAUAUUCUGGCAGAGAUAAAAUGUUACGAACCCUUUCUUAUUCGGCAAAGUUACUUACUGUAUGUACUUCAUCAAAGAAUACUGAAAGAAAACUCAAGACUUUUGGAAGCCAAAUGAGUGAAUGCAGAGUGAUGUUGCGCUUAUUAGAUGAUCUUCCAACACUUCAUUGCAUAAUGUCAUAUGGAUGGGGAAAAAAGGAACCUGACUGGUUGAUUAGAUGGAGUCAAGUGAUACAAAAUGUAAUAGAUAUAAUUUAUUCUCCUAUAGAACAUAUUUCUUGGGCUGGUCACCACAAUAUCAUAUCAAUCAAUAAUGACAAAUGGGACCUAGUUACAAUUUGGUUUUGGAUAGUUUCUUUAAAUCUGUCUUUAAUUAGGUCAUUGAGACUAUUCCAAAAGCUUCAAAAAUAUAAAGCAAAUUUGGAAAAAAAUAAUCUUGAUGUAACAUCACAAAGCACAUUGAAAGAGAUCAACGAGCAACAACAAAGUACAGUAUUGAUAUGCACACGUCUUGCAUUGGAUAUUACUUAUGCGGUUAGUUACUUACCACCAGGCGUAUUUUGGGGAGGCCGUUUAAAAACAUGGCAUAUUGGUGCACUUGGCACAAUAUCAUCGAUAAUUGGGCUUUACCAAGCUUUUAGUCAACGACUGAAAAGUUGAAAAUAUUGUUAGAUAAACUUUUAUCAUCGUUUGUAAAAAAAUGUUACACUGAUUGUAAAAAAUAUGGAUUAUGGGACUGUAUAUAU